GUAUGAUGACAACUCCAAGAAAUCGCACCAGCAUGUGCAAAUGAAUAAAAAAAAAACAAUUAUUUUAAUUUGAAAGGAAUCUUAUAAAAGUUGGUAGCUGUAAUGUUCUGAAACACAUUAACAUUGUCUUUAUUGAUUACUUAUUCAGUUAUUGUUAUAAGAUUAUUGCAUCUGAAUGUUUAAAUCGAAUUGUUACUACCUUUGGGGAGAGAGGACGCUGGGACAGACACAUUUUAUAUUAGGGACUGUUUGUUUCUUCUCGUGUCUAGAUCUGUUUGUGUGUACCUGCUCCGAUGUUUUGUUUACCACCAUUAUCGACUCGUGUUUUCUCUGUUCCAAUCAGUCUGUCCCUUGGAAUCAAACAAGUGAUGUGUGCUCCAAUUAUUCUGCACAGCUUGCCACGAUUUCAUCAGAUAAUUAUCUAGCACCAACUGCCAGCAUUUGUUCUACUCUAAAAGAAGACCACCACUCGUCUUAUGUCUGGAUUGGAAGCUACACACAACAGUAUCAAAAAGUUGUACAAAGUGAGGUUACUGUGGAAGCCAAGCCAGACAGCCUGUUUGACAACGUCUGUUCAACUUUAAAUCUUGACCUGAAGUCAAUUGUGUCUAAACCUUGUACUAGUUCGUAUCCAGUCUUAUGUCAAGCUGACAUCACAGAUGAACCAACAAAAAAGCCUUGUAGCCCUUUCAAAACGAAUUGUAACUAUACAUGUCCCGCCAAAAGAUUUGGUUUUAACUGUACACAGUACUGUAGUUUAACAUGCAUUAACAGCUAUUGUCACAGCUUAACCGGAGCCUGCAAUGAAGGCUGUACUGUUGGAUUCACUGGAGAUAAAUGCCAAAGAGCAUGUCCUGCGCAGUGUUUUGGGAAGCUCUGUGAAAGAAAUGAUUCCUUUUGUUCAAAGGGCUGUCUGCCGGGGUACACCGGCAUACACUGUUUAAAGGCGUGUUUGAACUGUGCUGGUAAUGGGAGCUGCCAUCAAAUUACAGGUGCUUGUUAUAGCGGAUGUUUGCAAGGGUACUCAGGAGAUAGCUGCUUGUUAGCCUCGAGAUCUUUCGGCCAGGAUCCAACAACCUUCACGUCCAUUGGUUUGGUCGCGUGCGUCGCUAUUCUCAUCAUGGUGUGCAUCUCGUUGUAUCGCAUCAAGAUACAGAAGAAACUGGAGAACGUCAGCUUCCCAACGUAUGGGACACGUAACCGGCGCAUGGCAACAGUAUUAGAUCUAGAUGAGUAGACUGCUCAACUACCUGUAGGCUCUCUCCUCAUCUUUGCAUUCUAUUCAUGAAUGAAAUCAGUGUCACACUUUAACUCUUUCUCUCCGUAAUUAUUUCCCAUAAUCCGACGGAAAUAUUCAUUUUGCUCAUUUGUAAUUUACUUCUCUGUUAUGAUUAAACUUCAAUAACUUUGUAAUCAGAAAAUAUCUUAGAAUAAAAUUAAAUGGGAAUGCAGUCUCUUGUUAUUUAAAGUGGUGAAAUCAACGAUGAUAUCGCCAAUUAGGAGAGAAAGAGUUAAAUCAUUCACAAAGUCUGCUGUAUUUAUUGUUGUUGGCGUCUUUUAGUAAAACUGAAAAUGAUAAUGCUAACAAAGUUAAAUGUUAUA